AUGCGGUUCGGAACACUCGUUCUUUCUUGCAUCACCCUUUUCACCACCGUCAAUGCACACGGUUAUAUCAGAGACAUUCGCGGUGCCAAUGGCAAAACCGAAAAUGGCUUUGGCGUAAAGGCCGCCAGCAUCAAAUCCAACAACCAGGGUCCGACCUCUGUCUUUCGUGGAAAUGCAGCAUGCGGCGUUGGUGUCGAAGCUGGCACAAUCAAUGUUGCCCAAUCCAUCGAAGCCGCCAUCAAGGCUGGACUUCCGACGGUGGAUGGAAGUCGUUCAAUCAGCUUGACCUAUCAGCAAGUCAACGGCGGCGCAGACGGUGGAGGAGCUCUCACCGCUGCGCUUGAUACGACGGGAACUGGCAACAACUUCAAGGCCAUGACCGUGACCAAGAAUUUUAAGGACGGUGGUUCGAAUAGUGCAAACCCAAUCACCAUCCAGCUACCGGCCGGCACAACCUGCACGGGUGGAUCCAACAAGUCGACCUGCCUCAUCAAGGUCGUCAAUCCAAACAAGUUUGGAAGCUGCUUUGCCGUCGCUUCGCCGACGGCUAAAGGAAAACGAGCACGCGACUUGACGCAAUUCCAACAUUCUUUAUCAGAGAAACACGCCUUUAUUCGUCGCACCAUGGCCGGGAAGUAG